AAAUUAGUCAAUUUCAAGUCAACUUAUUUGGCCCUCAAACAUCUCUCUCUUCCCCAAAAAAAACAAACAAUCUUCCUUCCAUUUUCUAUCUUCAAUUCCCAUUCUUGAACGCCAAACAUCUGAAAAGUCUGUCAUCUUUUUCUCUCCUGUAUAUCCUUUUUUUCCUUAACCAAAUUUUCAACUUCAUAUUAUCCUAUCAAUGGAAUUUGAUUCAAAUUGUUAAAUCAAAUAUGAAAACAAAAGACUUCAUUAAGAGCAUGAUCAAACCAUUCUACUCUCAAAAAGAAGGAUCAAACGAAGCAGACUUACAGAGGAUUGCAGCACAAGAACAAAAGCAAUUUUCAUAUGAGACAUUGUCUAAAGCAACCGAUAAAUUUCAUCCUUCUCGUAAACUAGGCGAAGGGGGUUUCGGUCCUGUGUUUAAGGGAAAAUUGGUGGAUGGGAGAGAGAUAGCAGUGAAAAUGCUGGCAAAACAUUCGAGACAGGGGCAGAAAGAGUUCGUAAAUGAGGCAAAGUUGCUGGCUCGAGUGCAGCAUAGGAAUGUUGUGAAUUUGUUGGGUUACUGUACACAUGGCGAAGAGAAGCUGCUUGUUUAUGAAUAUGUCUAUAAUGAGAGCCUUGACAAGCUCCUCUUCAAACCAGAUAGACGUCAAGUGCUCGAUUGGAAGAAACGGUAUGAAAUUGUAGCAGGCAUAGCUAAAGGAUUGUUGUACCUUCAUGAAGACUCACAUAGUUGCAUCAUUCAUCGCGACAUCAAGGCCAGUAAUAUCUUACUUGAUGAUAAGUGGAUUCCUAAAAUUGCUGAUUUUGGCAUGGCUCGCCUCUUUCCUGAAGACCAAACGCAUGUAAAUACCAGAGUUGCCGGUACCAAUGGUUAUAUGGCUCCGGAAUACGUCAUGCAUGGGCAUUUGUCAGUGAAAGCAGAUGUAUUCAGUUUUGGAGUGUUGAUGUUGGAGUUGAUUAGUGGUCAGCGGAACUCCUCAUACAACCAAGCCUUUGAGGCUCAAAAUUUACUUGAAUGGGCUUACAAGCUAUUCAAGAAAGGUAAAAGUGUGGAAGUGCUGGACGCAUCAAUAGCCGCCACAGAAUAUGCGGAACAAGUAGCUUUGUGUGUUCAAAUUGGGUUACUAUGCACCCAAUCAGAUCCCAAUUUAAGGCCAUCAAUGCGGCGGGUGGUGCUUUUGCUGUCAAAGAAAACGACGAGUCUGGAUGAGCCAACCAGGCCAGGCUUCCCCGGUUCGAGGUAUAGGAGGUCACGGCAUCCAGGGGCAUCAUCCUCAAACACUGGUUCUUCAGGUGCAUCUUCCACUACCAAAGCAGAUUACACCACGAGUACGAUGACUGUCACAGCCAACACCCCUAUUGCUAGGAGUCUAGGUUCAGAUCCUCUUGGCAAACGGCCUGUGGAAUAGUUUCGAUAAUGCAUCUGGAGGAUAGAUAUUAGAUUAGAAGUGAAGUGAAGUGAAGUGAAAAGUAUUAACAUGAGAGGAAAAAAAAAACGAGGACCAGGAGGGUCUUGUCAUUCUUUUUUAUUUUGUACAUAAUACAUAUUAUUUCUCUACUAUUUUUUUAUUUUUUGGUUUUAUAUAGUGCCUUUUAGGAAUGUAAAUGGGAAUAGGUUGAAAGGAAAGCUAGAGCAUGUUCAUACUGGUUCAUUUAGGGGUGUAAGCUGCGAAAACUUUAAAGUCCAAUCUAAUUCAAACUUAUUGAAUUGGAUUGGAGAUUUUUUGGACUUGACUCGGAUCCAAAUUUUCCGAGUCUAAAUAUUUUCAAAUUGGAUUUGGACUCA